AUGUCUGGACGUCCUAAACGCGCCAAAGCAAAUUGGCAUCCAGCUCAAGUUCUUCUGAGUAGCACUGCCAAGCGACGUACCUCAGAACAGGUAAAAGCUGAUAAUGAAGCGGCUGCAGCCACUUCUGCUUCUGCUACAGUGGCCGAGACUCAGAAGCAAACCGAAAAGAGGGCGCGCGUUGCCCAACUUGAGGAUAAGAUCCGCGCCGCCAAUGUCGCAAACAUGGAGCGAGCAAUCCGUCCUGACCUUCACAUGUCAGCUUCAGUCAAACAGUCUCAACCCACUGCCCCUCCUGCUGUUGCCCCAGUUCCUACAGGGGGGGUCUCAACAGAUGAUGGUGGAAUUCGCAUUAGGGGACUUACUUACAGAGUUACACGCCCACCAUCCAGCAUUUCGAUGAGGUCGGAGCCUGGUGUUGAUGAUCAGCCUGAGACCAACGACGGUGGUUUAUCGGAGGGCAAUGACUACUUACCACCUGAGUCCACAGCCGACAGCGAAAGCGAUGGGAUGGCAGUCGGUGAGCAGGAUGAAGAUGAGGAGUUUGUCAUGGAACAAAACAAGAGUGAGGCAAGCGAGGACGAGAUGGAAGCACUGCCUCCAUCACGCACCAAAAAAGGGAAAUCGGCUCCAAAGGUGACUCUAAAAUCACGCAUCAUCCCUUUCCUCACUUACUCUCUCAAGCCUCCUCACGGAACGUUUCGUCUUCAAGUCCAAGGUCUACGUCAGGAAGCCCCCGGUUCCGGUGCAGUGGUAGAACCAUUAUCAAACAAGCGCAAUCUGAAGGACCUGGCAGUCGAUGAUGCACCCAGUGCAAAACGUGGUAAAAAAUCCGAAGGGGGCCUCAUGGCGAAUUGGAAAAAGCUUGUGAACUACAAGACUACGCCCGCCUCUACUCAGAAAUCAGCCCCCGCCAAAGAAGCCGAAGCCGAAGUCCUCGUUGAAGGAGAGUUCGAUCGCGAAGAUUCUUCUGAGGCCCUGGCAGCUAUCCGAGCUUCCAAACCAUCGAUGGUGAAGGUGAAGGACAGUCAAAAGGCAACGCCAGCUGCCAUCAAGAUUGUUGAGAAAUCCGUCACCAAUCUUGACACCACCGGUCGAACAAAGCGCGUCAAGUAUACUGUUAGUGAUCUCCCUUUCCCUGGUGGUCCACAGUAUGCUGCCUACCACGCAAGGUGGCGCAAGCACAGACGCGCAUCCUUCAUGGAUUUCGCAGCUACCAGGCCAUGCGCCUACAGAGCGAACUCGGAUUUGACACCCAAAGUCGUCCGCACUGUCUGGAAUGACAACUUCCCCGAGCUCAACAUCGAAGCGCAUGAAAACUCACUUGAAAUCGUUACUUCGGUUGCCGGUGACGUUCUCACAGAUUGGCGCAGCAGCAUCGGAAUGAACGCGCUCGAUGUCCUCAGCGCUUUCUUUGCUGAGUACAACCUCAACAAGGACGAAAUCAUGGCUUUCGUCCCACACGCCUUGGAAGGCUUUAGAUUCAUUUAUGCAGACCCCGAUGCCCCUCCUAAUGAGAAAGGAGGCUUCAAAUCCGACCUCAUUCUCAAUCUAUUCGCAUACCACUUCAAGAAAACCAGCAACGCCCCCAGAUCAUACGGAUCCCAAGCUGGAGGGUUGGGGCUUUGCACUGCCGCCAUUCGGGGUAAACCCGAUCAAGGACGAGAAGGGAAACAAAAAGAAAAAUGUCGCUCAAUUCAACGACAGCGACUGGGGUCUCAAGACACGUGGUUGGAUCGAAUCCGCAUCUCGAUUGUCGCCAGAGGAUUGGGCGUACAUAUUUGA